AGACUCCCAAUAACUUCUGUUAAUUUAAUCUCCCUUCAUCGUUGGUCAAAAAAGAAAAAAAAUCUCUCUCUACAUCUUCCUUCUCGUAGAUUCACUGCUAAUUCGCUUCAUCUUCCUUCUAUGUCGAUUAUUUCUCAGGCAACCUUAUCAGUCAAUACAGUACUAACAAAUGCUUUCCCAGUCUUCAGGUCACUACCAGUUAUCUUCUGACUCUGCUUUCUAGUGGAACACUCAUAACCUAACUAUCCAGAUUCUCUAAGGUUAUGUCACAUUCUUGUCUCUUUGGUUUCGCUUGUUAGUUACUAACUAGUUUGGUUAGUGAUGUUCUCUUCUGUUUUAUGUCUAGAUUCUGUCGACAGUACAUUUGGGUUUGUUUAUAUGGACAGAAUCAGUGGGCUGUCUGAUGAACUGCUUCUUAAAAUAUUACUGUUGGUUCCUACGAAAGUUGCAGUAUCCACAAGCAUCUUGUCGAAACGGUGGGAGUAUCUUUGGAUGUGGUUGCCCAAACUUAAGUACGGUGACAAACACUGUUCAGAGCCUGAGUGCGAACAGUGUUUCCUUGACACUGUUCAGAGCCUCAAGCUACGGUGUUUCCUUGACAGAAACCUGCCGUUACAUAGAGCUCCGGUUAUCGAAAGCUUCCGCCUUAAAUUGUGUAAUCCAAUUUUCAAACCCGAGAAUAUCAAUUUGUGGGUUUCAAUAGCUCUUUCUCACUCCCUACGUGAGCUGGAUAUAGUGUAUAAGUCUGAUCCGGAUAAGCCAAUCGUAUUACUGAGUAGCUUGUUUACUUGCAAAUCUCUCGUGGUCUUGAAACUCGAUGGGGAUAUCCUCUUGGAUGUUCCUCGGAUGGUCUCUCUUUCUUCUCUCAAAACAUUGAAACUUGUAUCCGUGAUAUACUUCAGCGAAGAAACUCUACAACGGCUUCUAUCUAGUUGCCCGAUUCUUGAAGACCUAGCUGUGGAUUUACGUGAUGAUGACACUACGGGAACGUUGACUGUUGCUGUUCCGUCUUUGCAGAGUUUGUCACUCUAUAUACCCCGUGAUUACGUUAUAGAUGGGUAUGUGAUAGACACUCCUUCUUUGAAGUAUUUCAAACUUAUGGAUCAUAACUAUAAGAGCCACGACUGUUUGAUUGAGAACAUGCCUUUCCUGGUCGAGGCAUGUGUAGAUUGUUCUCGCCCUGAUAUCGAUAGUCUUAUUGGAUCAAUCACAUCUGUCAAGCGUCUUGCUAUAUGUUUAGAGACUGUGCUCGAUGAAGGUUUUGUCUUCAACCAGCUUGAACAUCUGGAGGUAUGUGUAUGCAAAGACGAGUCCCCCAAUCAACUUUUCAGGCUGCUCAAAGCUUCUUCUAACUUGCAAUCACUACACCUUUUUCACAUAGAGGAUGAUCAUGUUACUAAUCAUCAUGGUAUGGAAGACUGGAAUCAACCAAGUAGUGUUCCUGAUUGUAUGUUGUCUAGUCUGCAAAGUCUCAAAUGGUCCUUGUACACAGGAGAACCAAAAGAGAGAGAUUUUGUGGUUUACUUUCUGAAACAUGCCGUUCACUUACAGACUGCAACAAUCGAGUCAUAUCAGUGGGAUGUUCCAAAACUGGAGAUGAUAAAGGAGUUGGCACUUUCUUCUAGAGCUUCAACAGCAUGCCAACUCAUGUUUGAUUGAGAGUAUUUUGAUCUUUUAAAUUUGGUUUUUUUUCUUCGGUUUCUUGUAUUUGCUCGGACUCGUUUUGUUUUGUGGUCUUCAACUCUGAAAACUUGUUUUCUUCAGUAAAAUUUUAUUUCUGAGUUA